AUGCCCAAGUUGCGCGUUGCCGUCUAUGUUCUGCUUGGGCUCAUCAUCGCCACAUUUCUCACGACUUUCAUCGGCAUCUUGCUACUCUGCCGGCCAGUCGAGGCAAACUGGGACGCAAGCCUCAUAGCAGAUGGCCGCGGGGAAUGUUCCCCUGUUACCUCUAUGUUGGGCUUGUCAUAUACGUCAACAGCCAGCACCAUUGCGACGGAUCUGGCUUGCGCGGUUCUUCCAGCCAUCAUUCUUAUGCAGACGCAGAUGAGGCUGUCGACGAAGAUCAUGGUUGCAACUUUCCUCUCUUUCGGUUCUUUUGCUUCAGUGUCGACAAUGAUCAGAACCCCUUACAUCGACCAUUACAAUCGCCCGCUCGACGAUCUUGCUUAUCACAUUGGCAACAUUCCUCUAUGGUCCAACGUCGAGACUGCCAUCGGCUUGAUUGCAGGAUCUCUCCCCGCCCUGCGUCAGUUCGUUAUGCGACAUCGAGCUCCGCGAGCUACAACCAGAGGCACAGAGGGUUCAAUCGGACUGCAGCCACCAUCAGCCGGGCUCGUGACAAUCGGUGGCUCUGGGGGAACAUCAAAGAUCAGGGGUCGGAAGGGCAUGAAGUCUAACUUUGAGAUCGAUGAAGCCGACCAAGGCGAUUGGACGCGUCUAGAGGAGGACAAUGGGUCGGACAAGGACAGCACUGUGCCUAUUCGGGGGAUCCGAAAGGAUAUGACUUAUGAAGUUGAGACGUCAUCGGCCGGGGAUAGCCAGCAUUCUGGCAGGAAGUGA